AUGGAUUCGUCAGCAUUUUUUGAAGAAUUUUUUCGUUCUUCCUCUUGCAGGUCCGCUGCUGCGGUCAUGGCUCGCGUCUACGUGGGGAAUCUGGAUCCGCGCGCCACUGCGCGCGAGAUCGAGGACGAGUUCCGCGUGUUUGGGGUUCUCAAGAGUGUGUGGGUUGCUAGAAAGCCACCAGGAUUUGCUUUCAUUGACUUUGAUGAGACCAGGGACGCAAAGGAUGCAAUUCGUGAAUUGGAUGGUAAGAAUGGGUGGAGAGUUGAGCUGUCAACCAAAUCUAGUAGUGGCCGUGGCCGAGAACGUGAACGCUCUGGAGGUUCUGAUAUGAAGUGCUAUGAGUGUGGUGAAAGUGGUCACUUUGCACGAGAAUGUCCCGUAGCCGUAGCCGUAGCCCAAGAUACCGCAGGAGCCCAAGCUAUGGCAGAAGGAGCUACAGCCCACGGGAUCGGUCUCCCAGGAAGCGAAGUUACAGCAGAUCACCACCGCCUCCCCGGGCGCGGAGUAUCAGCAGGUCUCCACCGCCUGCCCUUGCGCGAAGCAUCAGCAGGUCUCCACCGCCUGCCCGUGGGCGAAGCACCAGCAGGUCACCGCCGCCCGCCCGUGCGCGAAGCAUCAGCAGGUCACCACCGCCUCCUCGCGCCAGAAGCAUCAGCAAGUCACCACCGCCUGCCCGUGAACGGAGCUAUAGCAGGUCCCCAGCGCAGCCACCCCAGCGUGAGGAGUCCCCUUAUGCUGAUAACGCGUGAGCACUUGGUUCCACAAUGCUGGAAGUGUUGGGGGGUGGGGACCUCCGCUUGUUUCCUUGAAUGUUUUGGUAUGACUAUUGAAUGGCCAGGCGGCCGAGUAUUGUUCUUCGUUGGCAUUUGUGUUCUUUUGCUGCUGAUACAAUUGCGGAAGCGGGAUUUCUCUUGA